AUGCGCAGAAGAUGGCCGCGGGAAAAAGCAUGGAGUGCAGAAGGUGGCAGACCAGCACCUCCCUUCGAGCCUCCCAAUGCACCUCCUAAUGGAGGGCAGGUUCCAGUGGAGUCGCCUCAGGCAGACGUCGGGACUUUGCGGGCGCAGAAUUCCAUGGCUUACUUUGAGAGCCUGCAGAUGACAAAAUCGCUGCGAGCAAAUGUAUUGGCAAUGCCGCCAGAUGCUCCAGUCUCCACCCCGACUAUGAACACACAGCUGCGGGGAGUGUCUGUGGGUGACAUGCGGAAGGCCAUGCGCAUGGAACCGUUCUGGUACUGCCGCUUCCUGAAGAAGUCCCGCAAGUGCUACGACAUCAAGAAGUACCGCUGGACCGCGAGCGACUCCACAGGUCUUGCACGAGGGGUUCGCAGUCGUUUGCCACUACCUACGGAAUUGCCGGGAUGGUUGACGCGUUCCUUCAAGGUUCCUGAGGAGACAGCCUUCACCACAGUGGUGCGCAUCAGUGGUGCCGGUCGGAAUCCUGAGAACAUGGAUGACCUGGCCGAGAUUCCUGAUUCGCAGCCUGUGGUUUUGGUGAUGCAGAGCUGUUCGCACGAUGCUCCCUAUGGUGAGUACUUCCGGAUCCAGGAGACUUUGAUUUUUGCGCGCAGUGUGUCGGGCACAGACCUGAAGCGCUGGGUGUCCGUCCUGUGGGUGAAGUCUCUGCCGUGGACAGCAUCGCCUCUGAAAAACAUCAUUGAGUCGCAGACAGUGGCAGAUUCCCAAAAGGCCCAUGAUGAUUUGGUGAAGUUUCUGAUUCAGGCUGCUGAGGAUGCGCGCGAAGCCUGA